AUGGAUGACAAUAAAUGUUUGCAUUCAUUCUUUAAUGUCUUCAAUAAAAGUUGGAAUUGUUUUUGUCAUUCUUUCCUUUAUUUUGAUCUCACCUCACUUUCAUUCUUUCUCUUUCUCAAAUCUUUCUUACUUUAUUCUCUUUUUUUUGUUGCCCCUUUCUCCAAUCUUCCUUUACCUCCGUUCUACUAUUCCUCUUUCUCCAAUCUUCCUUCGUUCCCCACCUUUUGUUUUUUUUUAUAUUCUUCUUUCUCUAGUCUUCCUUCUUUCUCCGAUUCUUUUACUCAAAAUCUUCCUUCUUUCUCCGAUUCUUUUACUCAAAAUAUUCCUUCUUUCUCCGAUUCUUUUACUCCAAAUAUUCCUUCUUUCUCCGAUUCUUUUACUCCAAAUAUUCCUUCACCUUCCUUUUACUCCAAAUAUUCCUUCACCUUCCUUUUUCCAUUUUUUUUCUCCAAUCUUCCUACUUUUAAAUUCUUUUAA